AUGAACACAGCCAUGCAUAAUUUUCAACUAUUUGCAUUCUUCCUUUUAUUAACUUCAUAUUGUUUAUGUGAAAAAGAUUCUAAAAAAGAAAAUGUUGGAACUGUUAUCGGUAUUGAUCUUGGAACAACUUAUUCGUGUGUGGGCAUUUUCAAACGUGGUCGUGUUGAAAUUAUUGCCAAUGAUCAAGGAAACCGCAUAACACCAUCGUAUGUUGCAUUUACAUCAGACGGUGAACGUUUAAUUGGUGAUGCAGCAAAAAAUCAAUUGACAACUAAUCCAGAAAACACAGUGUUUGAUGCCAAACGUUUAAUUGGGCGAGAAUGGUCUGAUCCUACGGUCCAAUCGGAUAUAAAACAUUUUCCAUUUCAAGUUAUAGAACGAAGUAGUAAACCAAGUAUUAGAAUAAAUACUGGUUCAGGAGAAAAAACAUUUACACCGGAAGAAAUUAGCGCAAUGGUAUUAGGAAAAAUGCGUGAAAUUGCUGAAGCAUAUUUAGGGGAAAAGGUGACACAUGCAGUUGUCACAGUACCAGCGUAUUUCAAUGAUGCACAACGACAGUCAACAAAAGAUGCUGGAACGAUAUCUGGAAUGACUGUGAUGAGAAUAAUUAAUGAACCAACAGCUGCUGCUAUUGCUUACGGACUGGACAAAAAAGAGGGCGAAAAGAAUAUUUUAGUCUUUGAUUUGGGAGGUGGAACGUUUGAUGUGUCUCUUUUGACAAUUGAUAAUGGUGUAUUCGAAGUCGUAGCAACGAAUGGUGACACACAUUUAGGUGGUGAAGAUUUUGAUCAACGUGUCAUGGAACAUUUCAUCAAAUUAUUUAAAAAGAAAACAAAUAAAGAUGUAAGAAAAGAUAAUCGUGCAGUACAAAAAUUACGUCGUGAAGUUGAAAAGGCAAAACGAACACUGUCAAGUCAACAUCAAACAAAAAUUGAAAUUGAAUCAUUUUUCGAUAAUGAAGAUUUUUCAGAAACUUUGACACGAGCCAAAUUUGAAGAAUUAAAUAUGGAUUUGUUUCGUUCGACAAUGAAACCAGUACAAAAAGUAUUAGAAGAUUCUGAUAUAAAAAAACAAGAUAUUGAUGAAAUCGUUUUGGUUGGUGGUAGUACAAGAAUACCGAAAGUACAACAAUUAGUUAAAGAAUUUUUUGAUGGAAAAGAGCCAUCACGUGGCAUUAAUCCUGAUGAAGCUGUUGCUUAUGGAGCCGCUGUACAGGCAGGCGUUCUUUCUGGAGAAGACAAUACAGGUGACAUUGUUUUGUUGGAUGUUAAUCCAUUGACCAUGGGUAUUGAAACAGUCGGUGGUGUUAUGACAAAAAUUAUCCCAAGAAAUACAGUAAUUCCAACAAAAAAAUCACAAGUUUUCUCAACAGCUGCUGAUAAUCAACCUACAGUCACCAUUCAAGUAUUUGAAGGUGAACGUCCAAUGACUAAAGACAAUCACGUACUUGGAAAAUUUGAUCUUACGUCUAUUCCACCCGCACCACGUGGUGUGCCACAAAUUGAAGUCACAUUUGAAAUUGAUGUGAAUGGUAUUUUGAAAGUUACUGCUGAAGACAAAGGCACUGGUAAUAAAAACAACAUCGUUAUCAAUUCGAAUACAAAUCGUUUGUCACCAGAUGAAAUUGAACGUAUGAUUAAAGAUGCUGAAAAAUUUGCCGAUGAUGAUAAAAAAGUAAAAGAACGUGUUGAUGCUAAAAAUGAACUUGAAUCGUAUGUCUACUCGUUAAAAACUCAAAUAAAUGAUAAAGAAAAAUUAGGUGGAAAAUUAUCUGCAGAAGAUAAAGAAACAAUUGAAACAGCAGUGGAAGAAAAAAUUAAAUGGUUAGAAACAACGGGACAACAAACACAAGAUGUAGAUGAAUUAAAACAACAGAAAAAAUCUCUGGAAGAUAUUGUGACACCAAUUAUGACUAAAUUAUAUGCACAAACGGGCGGACAACCAGGCGGUCAAGAGGGAGAACAACAAACACCACCAAAUCCAGAUGAUAAUAAAGACGAGUUGUAG